AUGAAGAGAGAUGUGGAUCCCGAAGCAUUUAUGAAUAUUAAUGACCUUAUUACUUACAAAGGGUAUCCCAGUGAGGAGUACGAAGUGAUGACAGAAGAUGGUUAUAUCAUUACCAUUAACGAAAUCCCUUAUGGUACACAGAAUCAGGGAAAUCCAGCUUUGAAACCUGUUGUACUUCUCCAACAUGGAUUAUGAGAUGCUAGUAACUGGAUCACAAACCUGCCCAACAACAGCUUGGGCUUCAUACUAGCUGAUGCUGGCUUUGAUGUUUGGAUGGGAAAUAGCAGAGGGAAUCACUGGUCCAGAAAACAUCAAAAUUAUUCUGUUUACCAAGAUGAAUUCUGGGCUUUCAGUUUUGAUGAGAUGGCAAAGUUUGAUCUUCCAGCAGCAAUAAAUUUCAUUGUGGAGAAAACAGGACAGGAAUUGUACUAUAUUGGCCAUUCGCAAGGUACUACCAUCGCUUUCAUUGCAAUUUCAACAAUGCCAGACCUGGCUCAAAAAGUCAAAGUCAAUUUUGCGCUGGCACCUGUCACUACUAUUAAGUACGCUAGAAGCCCAAUAACAAAACUCCUCUACCUUCCUGAAAAAUUGCUCAGGAGUUUGCUUGGAAAAAAAUAAUUCCUUCCCCAGACUAAGUGUCUAAAGCGGCUAAUAGUCCCUGUCUGCAGCCACCGAUCUUUUGCCAGACUUUGUAGAAGUGUCUUCUUCAGUCUGGGUGGCUAUAACCUGGAAAACAUUGACAUGAACCAAAUGGAUGUGUAUCUUGCACAAAAUCCUUCCGGAACUUCUGUGCAGAAUAUAGUCCACUGGACUCAGGAGGCCCAGUCGGGGAAGUUCCAAGCUUAUGACUGGGGCAGUUCAAAGAACAUGGAAAAAUACCAACAGGCAACUCCUCCUCUCUACAAUGUAGAAGAGAUGACUGUACCAACUGCGGUAUGGACUGGAGGACAAGACUUGCUCGCAGAUCCCAAGGAUGCAUCCAUUUUACUGUCUCAAAUUAAGAGGCUCAUCUAUCACAAGAAGAUUCCUGAAUGGACGCAUUUGGAUUUCAUCUGGGGAUUGGAUGCACCUUUGCAUGUGUACAGUGAAAUUAUUGACCUGAUGCAGAAUUAUCGUUAA